AUGCCCGCCUACGCAAGUGAGUGCGACGCCUUCCGCGCGCGCCCCAAUUGCCCUGGAUACUCCCUUCCGCGCGUUUCCAUUCCAUGCGCCGAAGACGACUCCCAGCGGCCAACAUGCCGCGCCGUCCGCUUCAACGGACACCACCGCAGAGGCCCCAGCUCGGCUGCCUCUACCGACGACGGUGCCAGCUGCCCGUCGACCGGCGACACCGACGAGAGUGCCGGCACCUUCUUCUUGCCAACCGCAAGCAUCAUUGGUGCUGACACUACGUCCUCCCGUACGGACGCGACCACCUCGCCCGAGGCAAGUCCUGUCCGGCCGGUUUCUCCACCACUGUCGUCGCCGGCGGCCUCCUCGUCGCCCCCGCUCACCAACACCGAGCCCACUCCACCUGCGGAGGAGAAGGGCUCGCGCUCCGCGGCGCUGGCUGCUCCCGUCGACGAUGACGGCCCCUCAUAUAGCGAGAGCCGGCCGAGAGCGCCCACCCCUGCCCCAGCUGCUGAGGGAACAGGGGAGCUCACCCCCAGGAACCCUCCGCUGCUGCUCGCGGCCGCCGAGGACGCUCAAGCCUGCCAGCCGGCAGUGACACUUUAUGACGAGCUGACACCUGUUCCACGAGAAUAUGGCACCAAGCGUACUGCAAGUCCCAAAACGGCAUGA